AUGGCUGCCAAGUCAAAGAGGCGGCUGUCUAAAAUUGAAAAUAAAUUGUUAAACUUAGAUAAAUUAGAACUCAAAGAUGUUAUUUGUUCCAUUUGUCAGUCAAUUUUAAUAGAACCAGUGACUCUUCCAUGCUACCAUGACUUUUGUCAAAGUUGUUUUAAUGGAAGUAUAGAAAAUAAUGCUUUGUGUUGUCCUCUAUGUCGAUUGAGAAUUGGUUCUUGGGUUCGUACAGCGACAAAACAAAAGAAUAUAGUAAACAUUAAACUAUGGAAUUUCAUAAAAGAUAAAUUUGCAACAGAGGUUGAUAAGAAAGUUAAAGGAGAAGAUGUAGGACUGUCACCAGAAACAACUGUAACUCGAUUAAGUGAACCUGGUGAGAUUAGAUCUGAAUAUGAAGCUGAAUUAAAAAGACUUAGAUUAGAGAGACUGCGUCUUGAACAGAAACAUUUCCAAGAGACAGAGAUUCUUAUUGAAAAACUUCAUAAAGAAGAAGAAGAAGCACACAGAAGAUAUUUAGAAAACCUUAAACAAGAUGAACUAUUAGCUAUAAAGUUGCAACAAGAAAGUAAAAUAAAUAUAACUACAUCCAAUAUGAUGAAGAAAAAGAAAACCUUGCCCACCAAACCUAGAUUAAAACCUACAACUAUUGACUGUUAUUUAACUAAACCAGUUGAAGCCACAUUUUCUAAAGGAAGCCCUAUUUUGACUGACGAUAAUACAAGCACUAAUGACUCCAUACCUAUACUACCAUCCCACAAAACUAACAGUAGAUUGUCACCAGAAAUGUUACCUAGCUAUGGAAAGCUGUUAAAAAACUUUUUGGACAAGGAAAUUAAAACUGGCACUGUUCUUUGGAAUAAAGAAAAUGGUAAAAGAAAAGUAAAGGAUAAGGAAGAGCAGCCAUCUGGUGAAAAAGAAUUAGAGAAGAAUAAUGAAAAAUGUCUUGUGAAAACAAGGAAUGGUAUGCAGUCAUUAGUUGUUUCAUUGCCAUUACCACCGACUGGACUACUGCAUCAAAAAUCUUCAAUACCAGAAAAUAGGAAUAUAGAAACUGGGAGUGUUGAUUCUAUGAGACAAGAAUUAUGUUAUUUUAAACCUAUUGAAGGAAAUACUCCGACAAGUUUUACACCAAUCAAGGAUCCGUUAAGAAUACCAAGUAUAAAACCUGAUAAUAACCAAGCUCUGCCUCCAAAUAAUCCUUCACCAAGCCGAGCUCAGUUUUUGGAAGGGUUAUGUACACUAAGGAAUUUGUCUCUGGCUCACAGGCUGCCAUCUGCUUUUGUUAUCGCACUAGGCAUAUUACAAACAAACAAGGAGAUAUCAAAGAAUUAUGGAGCAACUACAAGAUCAAAGACCAAGAAAAAUUCGACGUCAAAUCCUUGGGCGACACCAGCAGUGAACUCUCGACGUACUACAUAUAAUAGAAAUAAACAAGUGGAUACUAUAGAAGGUAUAACUAAAUUGAAUCCUGAAGUUUCACUAAGACGGACCAGGUCAAUGGGGAGCAUUACUAAGGAUGACAAUGAAAUGACGCCAAAGAAGAAGGUCAAAGUGAAAAAAUUUAAUUCAGAACGUAAACCAUAUUUAAGGAGUGAUUCGAAGCGAAUACAAAAUAAUGAUUCGUGCAGCCCACCUACAGGAGCAACAAUUAAUAAUAAUGUGAAAUUAGCUCUUAAAAAUUUGUCUAGUCCAUUGGAAAAUUGUGAUGUGAAAAGUAUAUUAUGUGAGCAGCUUAGGAUUGAAAAAAUUAUAGAACAAGAGAAAAGUGACUUGGAGUUAGCACUGAAGAUGGACGCUGAGUUGAAUGGAAGACGAACGUUAAGGCGGACUGCAACCAAGCGCCAAGUAACUUUGAACUAUGCUCUAAGACCUGCUAAGAAACUUAAAGUUUAA